AGAAGGGUGUGCACGGUCCGUCUAUGGCCCAGCGGGCUCGCACUCACGUCUCAUUGAGCCCCCCCGGGUGUCUAGUACCCAGUCUGUGGAUCCAGAGGCCUUCCGCCCGCCUCCGUUGGGCGGCACUCCAUCUGGAGUUGGCUUGGACCACACACGCCCGGACAGAAGCCCACCCGUGCCGGAUAAAGUGUUGGACAAGCGGCCGGAAGACCUUACCGCUGUGGCGAUUGACCAGCCAAGGGAUGUUCCGCAAGGGAGCGCUGCUCCGGGCCGAGGGCGGAUCUCCGGUGGAACUGAUCCGAGCCCUGACAAGCAGAUCACCCAGGCUGGGAUUUUUGCGGGGGAGGCUUCUUCUGGUCCAGGAAGCACCUGAACUGUCUCCUGAGGAAGGAUCUGGAAUACCCUCUCUUCCUCAGGGCCGUGAACAGGGCUCCCAUGGCCGUUACAAAGUCCUCCCGCCUGGUGCAGAUCCGGUGGAACCUCAGCAGCUGGGACUUCACCAAUCCCGCGUAGGUGUGUCGGGGGUGGAAGCUGGUUUUGUGGAGGAGGGCAUAGUGGAGGUGAAAUCCGGACCCUUGAAGGUGGUAGUGUCCAGGAAGUCCACUGACGUGGGGCUGGUGGUGGACUUAAUGGUGAUACUGGGGUUGUGGGUAUUCAGGGUGUGGCGGAACCCCUCAAAUUCCUCCAUGGAAUGA